ACUGACUGUGUUGUGAUUGUGAGAGUGAUGCCGACGCAACUGCUUGGUAAGGCGUGGCAACUGACAAGAGAGUGACCAAUGUAUGAAAAAUUACAUUAAAAAAAUUUAACUACAAAAUUUUUCAACAUCGCUCGACAAUUUUUUCUUAAAAAAAAAUGUCGGCCCAAAAAUUAGAAUAUCAUCGGGCCUCAAAUGCUGUCGUUUUUGGAGGAGUAAUCUCACACAUUGCUGGAAUUCUUCUCCUAAUAUCUUUUGCAAGCCCCUACUGGAUGGAAUCCUACGAUGAGGCCUUCAGCACUUUCAAAAAUAUGGGAUUAUGGGAAUACUGCUUUGAGCAUUUUCGUUUUCCCAAUUAUCAAUUCGAUAAAAUCUUCGACGGAUGCAAUAAUAUAUUUUCCCUAGAGUAUUACGUUCUUCGUGAAUGGCUCGUGCCUGGCUGGCUCAUGGUUGUCCAAGCAUUUGUCACAUUAUCCUUGUUUCUGUCAUUAAUUGCCCAGGGAAUAAUUGCGUCAGUCACAAUUCGUUAUCCUUUGAGAUUUGUCCUCCGAUACGAAUGGUUACUAUCUUCGAUUGCUUGUCUCUGCAAUAUAACUUGUAGUGUUUUGCUAUUUUUGUCAGUUGCGGUAUUUGGUUCAAUGUGCUGGAGACGCGACUGGUUAAUGUAUCCGAAAUUUAAUCAUCUCUCAUGGUCCUAUGGUAUUGCAGUAAUAAGUACAUUAUUUCAUGGAAUUGCUGCCUUCUUUUUAUAUUUGGACGCACGUACCGGAUAUAAAUCACGUAAGGAAUCACGUAAUUUAGUCAUGCAAAUGCAACCAAAUCCACAGAGUCAUCAUGGUUUACAUCGAAGCAAUUACAUUUAAUUUUAGCAUUAUAAGAAAUAAACAAAAAUUCUAUUUUUGUUUAGAACAAAAAAUGAUUAGUUAGAGAUUCGAUACUCAUUUUUAUUCGUGAGAUCUGUGAAAUGUCUGAAUUUAUAAUUAUAUUUUUCUUCUGCGAAAAUAAUUUCGCAAUUUAGGAACAACUUAUUCGUUAAGUAUUAAUCGCAUGUACGAUAUUUUAUAUUCCGUCCAACAUUUUUUCUAAGCUUAUUGCUUCCUACGUUUGAUAGAUUUUUUCGAUUUUUUUUAUGCGUAUGUAUUUUUUUUUACAUAUUAACUCGAAUUAUAAUAUAAAAAAGGAAAUAUUUUUUAUAUCCUAUUUCAUAUUGAAGAUUGAUGAAUUUUCAUCAAGAAAUUCGAAAAAUUGAAGCAUGGUUUGAAACCAUACAAUUAACGUGUAUAUUUUUUUUAUGUUAUGUAUAUGAAAACGAAACUUGACUUCAGAUAGUUUUAAGUGAACUGCACCGUUUUUUUGACGUUACGUGUUAGUGCCUUAUAGAGAGAAAUAUUUAUUUUUAACUUUAAAAGUUGAAACAAAGCAAAGUAUUUGUUAUAAAUAAUCUCGAUUUGAAAAAUUAUUCAUAAAAAAUUCUUCUAGAAAAUUCUAGAGCGUAGAAUUUUCUUUUUAACAAAAAUAAGCUUCACGCAAGCCUUAAAAUUAAUCAGAGACGUAGAAACUCAAAUUCUCUGGGUUUAGAAAAUUAAAAAAAAAAUUUAAUGCACAAGUGCUUUAUGUCAUCGACAUUUUUUUAAUCAUAAUCUUAAAUUCACGUGAAAAUAAAUUUUCAUCUAUAUAUGUAUUUUUCGAAUGAUUUGCACAAUCUAUACUGUCCAAACUUUAAAGACAACAUUUAAUUCUUUUAAAAAAAAGUAUAUAAAUCAAUAAAAAUGCAUUUAAAAAUGUCAUUUAAAUUGAUUAUCCGUCCGAAAAGAAUUAAAUGUUCCUUAUCUGGUUUUAAUACGUUCAAAUGAAUCUCAAUUUGUAAAUAUAUAGUUUGUUUUUAUUUAAAAUAUACCGAUCUAAGCUAAAAGCUUUAUGUACUUUGUGAAAUUGAAAUGUCAAAUACAGUGAC